AUGUUUAUUGAAAAUCCAUUUAUUAGAGCAUUUAAUGAAUUAUGUAGUUCACAUAAUCCAUCAUGUCCUAAUCCAUUACAAUGUAUUAAUGGAUAUUGUUUAUGUUCAACUAUUGGUAAAACAACUGAUGAAAAAAAUCCACUUUCUUUUUGGACUGGUGAAGAAUGCAUUAAAUGUCCACUUCAUUAUACAACUUCAGGUACAAAAUGUUAUAAUUUGAUAUUAGGUGAUAAUAAUCAAUUGGCAUGGGAUCCUGCACGUGAACAUUGUCAAAAAGAUGGUGGUGAUCUUUUUGUUAUUCGUAGCAAGAACGAAGUAUUUGAUUCGAUUGUUGUUUUUAUUCGAGAAAGUAUUAUAGAAAAUGAAAUGUAUCAAAAAACUCCACGUAAUGGUACACAAUUUGCUAGUAUAUGGAUAGGAGCAAAAUUAGUUGAUUGGUCUGGUAAAGGUCAAUAUAAUUUAGUUUCUCAUGGACCAUCUUUAACAAAAAUAAGUCCAUAUUGGUGUAAACAAGAGUCACCACUUGAACAAGAACCAAAUUAUGUAGCAUUAAAAACGACUGGAGAACGACAAUCAUGUAUUGGUUUAGCUCUUUUUAAAGAUGCAUUAGUUUGUAUGCAUGAUUGGUUUUGUAGUUGGAGAACGUAUACUCUUUGUGAAAUUCAUCCACCACCACCACAGACAACAACAACUAUAAUUAUAGAUACAGCUACAUUCAAGAAAGCUGAUCAUUAUGUUGAAUCAACAUUAGUUGAAACUGGCGAUGAUGAAGAAUCUGAUCCUAUAUGA